GAGGAGCUUUCUGAACUCAGCCGAGAUGCGCAAAGUACAUUCUUGCAUAAUAAACAGUGUAAUGUUGCACAUGUGGAAGAACGGUGCAAAAUGGUAUUUCUACGGACUACACUGGUAGUUCCGGUUUGAACUAGUAUGUGAAGAGAUGUCGUACAUGUUCGCUAACAGUUAGUUGUUGUGUUUAAUCUUUGUGUCGUGAAGAAUCAAUGAUUGUUGAAUUAUCAUAAUCAUUGCUGGUGUUCUUAGGAUUUUGGCAACUUUGAAUUAUGCAGUUUUAUAAGGAAAAGCUCUUGUCGCCCGGACAACUGAAACGUCUGAGUGAGCACAAGUACAGCUGUACAACGAAUAGCCUUUUGGAUGGACUUCUUCAACCGUGGUGGGACUGGCUCGUUAGCAAAGUUCCACUUUGGCUUGCGCCCAAUUUAAUCACAAUUUUGGGGCUUAUUGUGAACAUCAUUACAACUUUAAUUCUUGUUUAUUAUAGUCCUGAUGCUAAAGCUGAGGCACCAAGGUGGGCAUGUUUUUUAUGCGCACUUGGUUUAUUCAUUUAUCAAAGCUUGGAUGCCAUAGAUGGCAAACAAGCUAGAAGAACAGGAACUUCUACACCAUUGGGUGAACUUUUUGAUCAUGGAUGUGAUUCCAUAUCAACUGUGUUCGUUGCUCUAUCAGCCUGUAUAGCAGUACAAUUAGGGUAUUAUCCAACAUGGAUGUUUUUCCAAUGUUUCUGUGCAAUGACACUUUUUUAUUGUGCUCAUUGGCAGACAUAUGUUUCAGGUUCAUUAAGAUUUGGCAAGGUAGAUGUAACGGAAGCACAGUUCACUAUUAUAACAAUUCAUCUCAUUUCUGCAGUCUUUGGGCCCAGAGUAUGGAUGAUGGAGAUACCAUACAUAGAUGGUUUUAUGUUUAAGUAUUUAAUAGGAGUUAUGACAGUAAUUUGUGCACUGGCAAACUUAUAUUCUAUCUUUUCGGUGAUUUUCACCGGAGGAGUGGGCAAGAAUGGUUCAACUGUGGCUAUACCAGUGCUCGGUGUAGGCACAAUCAGUAACUACGUAGCAGUGUUAUUUUAUGCAGGCUACAUUCAUGUAUUCCUUGAAUUCUGUAAAGUGUUUGAAUCUGGUGGGAUUGGAAAGAAUGGUUCCACAAUUGCAGGAACAUCAGUUUUAUCUCCAAUUAUUCCAUUUAGUUUUGUGGUAGUACCAGCUUUUAUAAUUUAUAGAAAAAGUGCUGAACACGUAUAUGAAAAUCAUCCUGCACUGUACAUACUUGCAUUUGGAAUGGUUGCAGCUAAAGUUACCAACCGAUUAGUGGUUGCUCAUAUGACAAAAAAUGAAAUGCAAUAUUUAGACAGUUCAUUGAUUGGACCAGCGAUGCUGUUCCUGAAUCAAUAUUUCAACUUCUUUAUCAAAGAAUAUUAUGUUCUUUGGUUGUGCUUUAUUUGGGUAACUCUGGAUUUGCUCCGAUAUAGUGCUCAAAUUUGCCUUGAGAUUUGUGAUCACAUGAAAAUCAAACUGUUUAGGAUAUCCUUAGCAGAUCAUCGAGCGAGCCAGGUUUCUAAUACAGCUGAAAAAAAUGUUCGCAUGAUGGUGGAACAAGAACCUCUGUUAGACGAGGAUUAUCAUCAUGGAUCCGACACAACCCUGGACCUAUGACGAUUGCAAAAAUAUUUGUCGACGAUGAGCGAUGAUCCAGUCGGACAGGGUUCAGUAAAAAGUCUCUGGUAAUUUCGGGCGAAAGAAAGUAAGAUCGUGGUACGAACAAGUCUCGCAUACAACCUAUAGUACAAGUACAAAAUCUUGACUGAACUUUGCUCCCUCGUGGAUCGCUUUUUUAUCAAGACUUAAACAGAAGGGAGACGGAAAAUCGUGGAUAACGUGAUAAGUUACGAAUAUUCAUUAUGGAUAAGCAAAAGUGUGAAAUUACAAAUAAUUAGAUAAAAUAUGACUUAUCAAGAAUGUCAAGAUCUAUCUUGUAUUAUAACUCGAUACUAAUUCAGCAUCACGAUUGAUAGCAAUAUACGUACACUAUUUUACCAUUAAUUUUCUAUGACGCAUAUAUAUGUUGUACAUAGCAAAAGGAAUAACGACAUUUAUAAAUUAUAUUCUGCCAGUGACUGAAAUAGAAUAUUGAAACAUAGCUGUUAUUAACAACGUGAUACACAAUUAGAUAAGAUUUUGUUAUUGAUGACAAAAUAAUUUUAUAGUUUAAUCCCCAUGCACUGUUCAAAUUUUUAUCAUAUUAAUAGUCGGUGAAUUUCAUAUAAAUAUAGAGUAUUUUGGGUCAAUUUAACUUGAAUGGUGCAGGAUGAUUAAACACUUUAGACAAACAUAUAAAGAGAAUCACUUCUUUUUGUGAAGGUCAUCCUUUAUAAGGAUGGUCCUUGGUACUAUGUAAGAGGAAUUGAGAUAUAUUCACUGAUUCAACUCGUGAGUUUUCUUCAACAUAGUUUGAUAUUAUCAUAGUAAGAAUUUUAGCAUAAUAGAGUAUAUUAAUUUCUCUUUAUUUCUUUUAUAAUAUAGCUUCAUAACACGUUCGUUACCAGUAUCUUUGAUUUCUUAUAUCAGCUUGUAAUUCUUUGUUUGAUAUACUUAAAUUUUGUCAUAUUCCUCUAUCUGUAUUUAGGUAUUUUAGAUCACCUAGUUUUAUUAAUAGUGUUAGUAUAUCACAUCAGGUAUGACAAAAUGGUUUAUAUACCAUUUAAAUUUAGGAAUUGCAGAGCUGAAAAUUUGAAUACAUGAUUACUGGUAUCGAAUACUUUUUACUGAAUUUUACAAAUACUUAUUGAGAAAAUUGUUUGAGUCACAGAUGCGACAGAGGUGAACAAAAAAGAUAGCACCGAUUUUAUGAUAUUAUUAACAAUAGUAUUCUCUCAAAAAUUUAUAACAAAAUCUAUGUAAUACUUCAGUCAACUAUUUAUUUACUUAAUCAUAAGUUAAAAUUACAGUAUUAUCUGUAUACACGUCGAACAUUGUAACAAAAUGGAAAAGAAGGAAACAGAAUAACAUUUCAGAGGUUUAUAAGCAAACUUUCCAAUGAAAAUUACACUGUUGUAAACUACGAAUAAUGUAAUUUUGGAUAAUCGAAUAAAAUUUUCGUUAACACUUU